AUGGAUAACUGGUCAUCAAAUCAAGUCUUUUACGGAGCUGCUGGAGUGAACGCUCUUGAAAGUACUGUCAAUGGAACAAAUCGUCAAUUAUCUGACUAUAUACGUAAUAAAAUUAUUCAGUUAGCCAAUUGUGGAGUUUCUCCAUGCGAGAUUUCAAACAGACUCAUGGUUUCUUAUGGAACAAUUAUCAAAAUUCUUGGUCCUAUCUAUGAUCCUAGAUCAGUGCGUUCGAGCUCUAUCGGAGGGAGCAAACCUAAAGUAGCAACACCAGCGGUUGUGAACAAAAUUGUUCAAUAUAAACAUCAAAAUCCAACAAUAUUUGCUUGGGAAAUACGAGAUAGAUUGAUGGAAGAAGCAGUCUGCGAUCAAGAUAAUGUUCCGAGUGUAAGUUCAAUCAACAGAAUACUACGAAACAAAGCAGCAGAAAAAGCAGCCCAAUAUAAUAUGCUGGAGCGAGAACGACAACAUUUAACUGGAUUGUACAUGCAACACUGGAGACCUGAUGUUGCCAUGGCACCGAUGGUACCAUACCCCUAUCCUAUCUGUCGCAACCCACCUAUGACUAGUGAAGUAGCAACGCUAACACCAAUAGCAAAACGAGAACCGGACUUCAUUGAAAGUCUAAAUGUAAGGGAGUCAAAUUACGAGAGAACAUCUCCAGACGGAAAAGAAGUUAGAUGGCAAUCUUCUUCAUAUUCUUCUACUGAAACCAAAUUUGAAAAUGAGAGCAUUGAAGAAGAAACCAGCAUGAUAUCAUUAGAAAUAAAGGACGAAACAAGAAAAACUGAGCCAGUAUGUGCCGAGCAAGAGAACGAUCAAAAAAGAAAACUUCGCCGUAAUAGAACAACCUUUACCCAAGAUCAACUACAAAUCUUAGAAAAAGAAUUUCAAUCUUCACAAUACCCGGAUGUGUCAACAAGAGAAGAGCUUGCUAGCAAAAUAGAUAUGUCCGAAGCAAGAGUACAAGUAUGGUUUUCCAAUAGAAGAGCCAAGUUUCGACGAAAUAGAAACAUGCAAUCCGUGCGAAGUCCAUCUUCUCCUGUAUUUGCUGGUUAUUAUCAUAUGUAUCAUGGUUUUGAGUAUCCAGAGCGACCAUUCUCAAGCAUAAAUGUUCGUCCUUACACCUCACCACCAUUUGAACCAUAUUCUGUGCAGAGAAGUCGUUUCAGUCGACCUCAUUCAUCAUUACUUUCUAAUAACUCAUCUCUAGAGUACCAUAGGGUAUACUCUAGGUAGCUAAAAGAAAUGUAUUGAAAUAUAUUGAAAUAAUAAUGAAAGCUUAGUUUUUACUCUUGUAAAUAGUUGCUUUUGAGCAUUCACACAAAUACAAGAAUUUUUUAGAACAACAAGAAGGAAGAGGUAGAACACAAAAAACUUCAAAGAUAGCAAAGAUGUGGCACUCGAUUAAAGAAAUAUCAAUCAAAUUCAA